AUGGCUCUCAGACUCUGCAAGAAUAUCAUCUUCUCUGUCGCUUCUGGAGUCUUUUCCUACGUCCCCGUCCCGACUCCAAUCCAAAAGGUACUGGACCUUGCUGUAGUUUUUUCGCAACAGGCCUCUGGCAGCUUUCAACAAAUCCAGCGAAGUAUUUCUGAACCUUGCCUUUCCGCACAUCACAUAACCCUUGCCUCCGAUAGUCCAGAAAUGACGGAUCAAACUCGACGCUACGUCAUCGGGCUACUGGCAUCGACCGCGCUUAAGCUCAACCACUGGCAAGCCACGGAUUUCGUGGCGCUCAAUGCCCUGCUUGACUGUCCAGAAGAGAAUAGCUCAUGGCUUUGUGGUGAAGAGAUCCGUAGCGGCCCUGGUUUUCUGCUUGGCGACCCAGCCUGCGACAGGAUAAUCUUCGUACCACCACCAUUUGAAGAAAUCGUCGAUACAGUGGAGCCAGUCGGAGAAAUUAGGAAACUGAUAGGAUUCCGCUACGCCUACCUUCAGCCCAUACGGGACUUCGUGCCAAAGCUUACCGCUGAUGAUACCUUGUUUCUCGUUAUCUGCGGACAUGGCUCAGAGGAGGGAAUUGUGUUUUUGGGCGAUGCAUACCAUCACAUCACCCUCCAUCCGUUUGAAGUGGAGUGCGCUCUAGAGGGCUGUGCCGCAACAGUUUACCUCAUCAUCACCGCUUGCUUUUCAGGCCGCUGGAAAAGCAAGCGAUGGAAUCUUAUUGCGGCAGCUGGAGCAGACCAGGAAUCAGUUUCGAUUGUGGAGUCGGACUCUGGCCAUUUUCGUGGUGGGCUCUUCACCACAGCCCUCUUAGCGGAGCACGCCGACCAGUACGGACUGCGAGCACCUAAACCCGGCCCUGUCACAGACACUCCAACUUAUAGUAGCGGAGGUUACUCAAACCCCUUUGCACAAAUGGAACACGACUUUGGUCCCCCUCGUCAGGGGCAGCGACAUCCGAUGCUCUUGCUGCCGCGUAAGCGUACAUCAGACGUUUUGGAUUGGUUGCAUAAACUGCGAAACGACAUGGGUAGAACCUAUGCCUCUGCCGACUUCAAAAUCUGCCCAUGUCGGGAAGAUGAUACUGUUUGGAAACCCUUGUUCGCAGACCUGACAAACUCUCCUGCCCUUCAGCGAAAUAAUGUUCAGCCUCCAUCUCGAGCCCCACUUGCCUCUGGCAACUCAUCGCCUAUCCUGCAAAAUACGGAAUCAGUCCUGUUAGAAGAAAAUGAAAAGGUGCUUCUCUGUCUUGCUAGGGACCACCUACGAUUUGCACCACCGGAGACACUUGGAGAAGUCUAUCUUCUCCGCCAUUGCAAUGCCCUUGUGAAUGAUGGAUCUCUUACGGCUGAGGAGAAAGCGGAGACCGUGAAAAUUCUCAAGCAGAGGGACGACUACCGGUUCCUCGCACGAAGCAUUGCUCACAAGCUGGGCUGGCAAAAUGCCGCCAUUGAAGUUGGCUGCCCCUUCACUGAACAGCGAUGGCUGGACCACAACUUGAGUCUACAAGCUGAAGCGGCUGACCACGGCUACCUUUUGUGGGAUCUCCAUGUAUUUCAAAUCAACACGCCAUGGAAGGGCGCUGCAGGAUGGCUUGCAAGAGUCUGGGAAGCUGCCGGGAAACCUACGAUAGAUGCGAAGGAGUGGAUGGACACUUUAGAGGAUUGUUCUGAGUUUGCUGGUAUCACGCUUGGUUUUGUACAAUAG